CAGAUGCUGCAGAGACCCCAACUGAGAUCUGGGCCCUGUUCUGCCAGGCACUGAAGAGACCCCAGAUCCAGCUAUGAUGAUGGGGAAGGUUCCCUCCUUCUCCCCCGGCUCCACAGUGAGCUCCGCUCUGCCCGGCUACGUCGCUCUCUGCCUCGGUCUACAGGUGCAGAGGCUGGUGUCAGCACAGUUCACAGUGACAGGACCUGAUCGUCCAAUCACAGCAUCUGUCGGUGGGGAGGGCGUCCUGCCCUGCCACCUCUCCCCCAGGAUGAGCGCUCAGAGCAUGGAGGUGAGAUGGGUCCGAUCCCAGGACUCUGCAGUUGUGCACCUGUGCCAAGAUGGGCAGGAUCAGUAUGAAAAUCAGAUGUUGGACUGUCAAGGAAGGACAGAGCUGCUGAAAGAUGACAUCACCAAUGGAAGUGUUUCCCUGAGAAUACGUGAUAUCCGACCUUCUGACGAGGGCCAAUAUACUUGUUUAUUUCUAUCACUUACCUUCUUUCAAGGCACCUCAGUGCUCCUGCAGGUGGAAGGCUUGGGCUCUGGCCCUGACAUCUCUGUGGAGGGACAUCAGGACGGAGGGAUCAAGGUGGUGUGUCGUUCAUCCAGAUGGUACCCACAGCCCGAGGCUCAGUGGAGAGAUCUUCAGGGACAGUUCUUACCAUCAGCCUCUGAAAACAUAUCCCAAGCAGCCAGUGGCCUCUUUCAAACAGAGAUUGCCAUUGUUAUAACAGAAGAAUCUAACCAGAAAGUGUCCUGCUGUGUUAGGAACCCGCGUGUCAACCAGGAGAGAGAGAGUCAGCAAUUUACAUAG